AAAUGCCCUCAGAGUGGGUUUUACAUAGAUUAUAUUGUUCACUCAUUGAGAACCGUGCAAUUCACAUUUGACUCAGUUUAGUUCUUGAUUUUUGACACUGAAAUGCCAUAUGAUACUGUGAUCAUUCAGCAAAGAUGGAAAUCUCUUUGAUAUUUUGAUACUUCUAGGAGAAGUGACUGUGUUAAUUUAGUAGAUAGAACAUUAAGGAUUUUUUUGGUGUUAAUUUGACUCUGCUCUAUGGGGCAUGUUGGCUCACUCCUGUAAUCCUAGCUCUCUGGGAGGCCAAGGCUGGUGGAUUGCCUGAGCUGACUGGUUUGAGACCAGCCUGAUCUCUAAAAACCUUAUCUCUAAAAAUAGCCGGGCCUUGUGGCGGGCGCCUGUAGUCCCAGUUACCCCAGAGGCUGAGGCAAGAGAAUUGCUUGAGCCCAAGAGUUUGAGGUUGCUGUGAGUUAUGACAGACACUAUGGCACUCCACUCUGCCCCCCCUCCACAAAAACAAUUUUCACUCUGCUAAUGACUAAACCUUGAUAGCUUUCUCACAAAACUCGGUGUUCAUAUCAAGUACUGACCUUUAACAAGAAGAAAAAAGUAUAAUCCUCCUUCCUUAUUAAAGGAAGGUACUAUAGGGAAGUUACUACAGUGGCAGCUGCCCAGGCCUCUCCCUAACAUUCCUCAUUGUUUACCUGUGUAAAUUUGCUCCUGAGGUGGGAUGUGUUUGAACUUAUUAGCAGCAUCUAUGAUACAAAAUAGUUAAUGCUAUUGAUUGAAUUGAUUGAAUUGAGGAUGAAACUUGCAGCCCUUACCCAGUUAACAUCAUCCUCUGAGUUGAAUGCAAUAGGCUGACGACUCUACAGGUACCUUUUAGAUCUUUUUGCCCUUGUUUCAAAGCCUCACUCAUUCUCCCAAUUUUGUUAAGAAGCAUGUGGUAUGACUGGGAUAGGGAAGGAAAAGAAAAGCAUGUUGUCACUUGAGCAGGACUGCCUUAGAAACCUUACCAAGUUAGGGUUGGGUAUUUUCUGUCCUCGGAAGAGAACAGGCUUAAACAGUGCCUUAUGCUGUAGCCACCAGGAAGACACCAGGUUUGAGAUUAGAGAUGCUCCCUUGGUUAUUUUUAAUCAAAUGUAAGUUUAAAAAACAAUAGUUACUAUAGGAGUGGGGAAUAUGCUAUAUAUUUUUUUUUCUUUUUUUUUUUAAUGCUGUAAUUUUAAAGGAUCUACUUCAUGCAACCUUUGUUUCUUGAACAAAAUGUGAGCUAUCUAAAGAAAGAAUGAGCGGGCGGCACCUGUGGCUCAAAGGAAUAGGGCGCCGGCCCCAUAUGCCGGAGGUGGCGGGUUCAAACUCAGCCCCGGCCAAAAACUGAAGGAAAAAAAAAAAAAAAGAAAGACAGAAUGAACUAGGAACAUCAGUGGGAGAAACAACUGUAGAAUCGAAAGACCUGUUUAAACUUUAGCCUAGUUAUUGGAUUUUGUUACAUUAUUUUACUUCUUAAAAGCUUCGGUUUCUUCCUGGUAUAUGGGGGAAAUAAUAUUUACCUUGGAAUUAGUCUCAGGAUCAAAUGGGAGUUGUUGUAAAGCUGUUUAACACAGUGUGUGACCAUGAUAGAUGCUUAAUAAAUGGCAGCUAUAUUAAUAAUAGCAAUGAUAUUAAUAAUAGCAACGUCAUUAAACACUUUCUCAGACCAAAAAAAAAAAAAAAGGCAUGAGGAGUGUGAUAAUAAAAUGAACUGAUAUGUGUUUAUAAAAUAGAUUACGUUAGGCUGAGGUGUCAUGAGGAUUAGUAUGAUAGUGACCUUGUUGCUAAGUGCAAAAGCAAAACAAUGACAUAAAAACAAGUGUGCUGAGUACUGAGUGGAGGAGAGAGAUGGAGGCAGACGCUGCAGGGAAAAAAAGCUGAUUUAAAAGGGCUCUUUGAUUCCACAGGCACAAAAAGUCCACAGCCAGGAAUUUGCUGCCACCUCUGAGUCAGGCAUGGGGUGGGGGUGGGGUGUACAAUCCCAUUAGUAGAGAAUGCCCAGUGGAUUUAGUCUGUGAGAGUCACAUUUCUUAUUUGGACCAGUGUAGACAGAAGCAAACCCAGCUCACUUGUUUCCUGGGACAGUUGAGGUAGGGGAUGGCUUUUGCAGAGCAUUCCUCGCUGACCCCUCAUCGCCGGGACCUCUGUAGCCGCUCUAUCUGGCUAGCAAGGAAGAUUCGUUCAGACCUGACUGCUCUUUUGGAGUCUUAUGUGAAGUAUCAAGGCCUGAACAAGAACAUCAACCUGGACUCCGUGGAUGGUGUCCCAAUGGCAAGUACUGAUAAGUGGAGUGAGCUGACUGAGGCAGAGCGACUCCAAGAGAAUCUCCAAGCUUAUCGUACAUUCCAUGUUAUGUUGGCCAGGCUGUUAGAAGACCAGCAGGUACAUUUUACCCCAACUAAAGGUGACUUCCAUCAAGCCAUACAUACUGUUCUACUCCAAGUCUCUGCCUUUGCUUACCAGCUGGAGGAGUUAAUGGUACUACUGGAACACAAGAUCCCCCCCAAUGAGACUGACGGGGUACCUGUUGUUGGAGAUGGUGGUCUCUUUGAGAAAAAGCUGUGGGGCCUAAAGGUGCUACAGGAGCUUUCACAGUGGACAGUAAGGUCCAUCCGUGACCUUCGUGUCAUUUCUUCACAUCAGACUGGGAUCCCAGCACAUGGGAGCCGUUAUACUGCUUAUGAAAAGAAAAUGUAGCAUAUAUAUAGCCCCUUCCUUACUUAUCUGAUGGAAUACAUAGUUCCUUAGAGCCUUUUCCAUCUUAAAUUUCUGAAAACCUUUAAGACUGUAGGCAUUUUCAUCAAGUAGGGUUGGAGAUAUGAACAAAUGGCCAUACAGGUUCAGGUGGAGGUGGGUACGUGGACAUGCCCGUGCACGGGGUGUGUGUAUAUUAGGGACAUUGUGGGUGGGAACACCAUCCUUCCACUAACCUUUACAGGCAUCUAUCAGCCUUGCACAGAGAAGAGAUACCUAUUUUAAUUCUAGCUCUGGAAAACUUGCCUGAGAAGGUUGAGGCUAUGAAUUAAAAUCAUGGCCUUUAGCCAAUUUAAACUCUUCGACAAUAAAAAUAAUAGCUAACAUUUAUUCAGUGUCUGCUAUAUUGAGGUAGUGUGCCAGGGACUUUAUGUAUGUUGUGUGUAACUUUUAUGGCAACCUUGAGAGAGCAGUGUGGAAGGUAGUGGUGGUCUUCCCAUUCGGCAGAUGAGGAAACAGGUUCAGAGAGACUUGGUUAAAAUCACACAGCUAGCAUGUGACACACUAAGUUUGAAUACAGAUCUUAUUGUGAAGCUUCUCCCCUCUUAGAGGUUUGUUUAUGAACCUCUCCUGUACUUCUUUAUUGCAAAAGGUUGGAAGAUGUAUUCAUAUACCCAUCCCCAGCACUGAAAAACAAUCCCCAUUACAUGUCCUCAUAAGCUAGUAGCAAAUUUUAGUGUUAGAAGUCAGUAUUUGUUGCCCAUACUUGGCAAAGAAGAGAGCAGCUGGAAAUCUUAAGGUUCCAUUUAGGAAAGUGAUUAGGCCCACCCAACUUAUGAAUGAUGGAAGCUGGGGAUGUGCAGUAAUAUAGUCUGGUUUAAAGGGCCCACUAUUGAAUUUUUUAAAAUAUUGGAUUGAGCAAAGAUUUUACCAGGUUAUCUCACUCAGCAAUGCAGUGAUACACUGUAACCUAGGAAUGUGUGGAUAAUGGGUGGAAUAUUACUCAGGUUAAAAAGUCACCUCACAUUCUCUGUACUUAGUCAUGAGGAGAGGGUGAGGCCCACUCUGUUCCCACUGGAAAUGCCAGAGAUUCUGGAACAAUACACAGCAAAGCCUCUGUGCUGCUCAACAGAGGGGCAGGGCUCUGCAUUUAGUGUUCUUAUAAGAACCGCAUGUAAUAUGGAAGGUUAGUUAAUGUGGGCAUUAAUAGAAAAGAUCAUUUUCAGCAAGGCCCAUGUACUAAUAGUGUAUUAUGACCAAAAGUUCUCAAAUAUAUUAUUUAUUUUAUGCUUGCCAGUUAAUUAAAGCUCAAGAUUUUGGAUUGAGGGCCCAGGUUGAUUUAGUUUAAUUAAUCAAGGUUUCCGUAUUGCUAAAUGAACCAUGAGUCAGGGCCAGCUCCCAUAGGUUGCAUAAAGUGGAAGUGGGUAGCUUAGCUUGUAUCCUUUCCCAUGUGAAGUCGGCAUUACAAGAGGAACCCAGGCAUUGUGGAAGUUCAGGAGAUGUAAGGCUCUGAUUUCCAGUAUGCAUUUGUGGAAAUAUGGUUAUAUAUAUAUGUGUGUGUGUGUGCGUGUGUGUGUGUGUGUGUGUGUGUGAGAUAUAUAUAUAUAUCAGUGCUAUGCUGGAAUUGAAAGGUGAAGAUUUGUUAUGGGGUUGAAGGAGAUAAACAAGGACUCAGAAUAGUUUCUUGGAGGAGGUAGGAGUUGAAUCUCUAGCUGAAUACAAAAUAGAAGUCACAAGGAGAGAAACGGGGAAGGGUUUCCAGCUUAGUAAAAAGUUAGACAAUGGUAAACAUUUGGGUGCAACAUCUAAAAUUUCUUAAUAUUAUUUAUUAGCUUUGCUAGAUCUAAAAUGAGUUAGGCUGUCUAUUAUAAAUUAAAAAAUCAAAAAAACAUUUAAAUAGGCUUGGUGCCCGUAGCUCAGUAGUUAGCCAACCACAUGCACUGGGGCUGGUGGGUUCUAAUCUGGCCGAGGCUUGCUAAGCAACAAUGACAACAACAACAAAAAAAUAGCCAGGCGUUGUGGCAGACGCCUAUAGUCCCAGCUACUUGGGAGGCUGAGGCAAGAGAAUCGCUUAAGCCCAAGAGUUUGAGGUUACUAUGAGCUCUAAUGCCAUGGCACUCUACCGAGGGCAACACAAUGAACCUCUGUCUCCAAAAAAAUAAAUAAAUAAAAAAGUAAACAAAAAUAAAUAAAAGAAUGCCCCCCCCCGAAAGACCCCUUUCCAAGUGUUUUUAUAUCCAACAGAUAUAAAGGCAGACAGAUAUCUGCAGAAGUUUCAGAAAUCAUUGGCUCCUCUCUUAAGCACUUUGUAGUUGCACAUGAAGGAAUAUGUAUGUAUAAGAGGUAGAUUUGAAAUAGCAGAGCGUCCAGAAAAGGUACGAGUACGAGGAGACAGAAAAAGUUUACGUCUUGAGCAGGUCCCAGAUGCAGCCAGUCUUUACUAAGCGCAUUACCAGCACUGUACAAAGAGCUGUGUUUCAGUUUGUUUUUCAACAAAUUUAUAAUAGCUUUCAAAAGAAGUGUGAGGGAACUUCUUAGAAAAAGAUAAAGGGGAAAUGAGCAGAGCACUUAGUCAUAUAACAAAAACAUAGACAUGUAUGGAAUCUGUAAACAUGGAGACAGUGCAAGAAAUUGCAUCAUGUUUACCCGAAAUGGAUAAGUCAGAUUGAAUAAGGGACUGACAGUGGACCACUGUUCCUGAUGGGCAUUUAGUAUAGGUAAGGAUAAUGAUGAAAUUGUGGAAUUAUAUAUUUUUAAGGAUUUAUAAUCCAAAAGAUUUUUGUUAUUUAAUUCCCUUGCUUCGUAGGUCUGAAUGUGGAUAGGAUCUCUAUGCUGUGAUACAGUUAUUAAAAGGUACCUAAAUUUAGUUCCUAGCCCCAUUUAUUUUAUAAAAAGGAUUCCUUCUACCCCACUGCCUCUAAAAAAGUCUUCUCUGUGAGAAAGAAGAAAUUCCAUUUUUCUUGUAUUGAUUUAAGUGGGUGAUUUGGAAAAGCUUGCAAAUUAAUACAAGCUUGAAGGCCAAGCAUGGACUGAAAUUAGCGUUAAUAUAAUCAGCCUUUAGGGAAGUGAGAGUUUUAAUAAAAAUGGAAAGUGUAGUCAUAGCCCGGGUAUUACUGUUACUUCAGGCUGCUGUGGAUUAAAGCCCAAUGGAUGACUCAUUGUUGUGACCACUUGUCAAACAGGGAGAGAACAAGUAAAUAUAUCAGGAAGACUUAUUUGAAAAGUUGUUUACAAUGAAUUUUGUUUGUGAAUUUUCAGUUCCUCAUCAGGUACCUGAAUAUCAUUUCCCUCAAUAAAAGGACAAAAUAGAGAUGCAGGAAGCAGAAAGACCUCCACCAGGAUGGGAAAAAGAUUAGGGAGGAGGAAAAGGACGGGAGGAACAGAAUUUGGAUUUUGCUUCGAUUGAUUUAUUCUGUGUGUGUGUGUGUGUGUCAGGGUGUUCUUUAAAAAGAGUAGUUUGUACUCCUGCUUCAUCCCACCUCCACUUUAAACCCAAGAGUGAACUCUGAAUGAAUGUUGGUGCACUCAAAAAUGAUAAAAUGACAAAAACUUUAUCUCUUGGCUCAAAAACUUCUACAGUACUUUGAAGACUACAAAUAGAGAUAGAGUAAAAAGAUAAUUUUAUGUAGUAUGAAAUGUACAUGGUGUGAGACAUAUCUGUGUACUUAACGAUUCUUAACGUAAAAUUUCUCAGAUGGCUAUGUUUUUGAAACAUAUGUAGAAAAUAAAAGAUGCAAGAAUAGCUAGUAA